CCAGAACAUGUCGCACUCGCAUGCUCUCCCUCGGUGUCAUUGACAUGAUCCUCCACCUCCCCUCGUCAGCCGGUGUCUAGCUUGGCGCUGGCCAUCCCCACAUCUCCACCCCCAACCCAAACCCCAACCCAACUAACCAUCAACCAACCAACCAUCAUGGAGCGCCCCAUCCCCAUGCGCGCGCGGUCGCCCAUAAAGGUCUGCUUUGUGACCGUCGGCGCCACGGCCUCGUUCCACGAACUCCUCCAAACAAUCCUCCAGGAGGACUUCCUCCAGGUCCUCCGUCGCUUCGGCUACACCAACCUGCUCAUUCAGUACGGCAAAGACGGCAAGUCCGUCUGGGAUGCCUUCGAGCGUCAAUACCCUCCCCACACUGGCUGCCGCAAUGGCCUUCUAGUCGAAGGGUUCGACUUCAACCCGGACGGCUUGGACGAGGAGAUGCGUAUGGCCCGGUCCAACCUCUCCAAGGGCCAUGACGGAGGAUUGAUCAUCAGCCACGCCGGAUCCGGAAGUAUCCUCGGCGCCAUGCGUCUGGGCGUGCCUCUUGUCGUCGUGCCCAACUCGACUCUGAAGGAUAACCACCAGCAGGAACUGGCCGACGAGCUUCAGAGUCAGGGCUACGUCAUCGCGAGCAGCUGCCAAAAUCUUUCUGCUGCAAUCGGCCGGGGAGAACGCCUGCGGGCCCAGAUGCUGGCGUGGCCGCCCGUGUGUGCGGUAAGCCAGCGGCGCCAGCGUUCGCUGCAGGAGGUCAUGUCUGACGAGCUGGGCUUCUUAGAUUGAAGCCAAAUUCAAGAGACUCGCCAUGGCCAUGUCCAUGACCCCGGCAUAUCCCAGCAUCGAUUCCCUCUGGCAGGACUGUUGACGCUUCCGUCGCUUGCUCGGGCUGAGGCUCCCCUUUCUGCAGUGCCAUGCCUCGAUGCCCUUCCCGUCAGCCGAUGUCCAGAUAAGAGAUUAUUAGUAGCUAUACGGACUCGCGUCGGGAUGACGACAUGAUGAGAAGAACCGCAUGGGUACGCCCAGGCUUUGAUGGCUUGCGGAGUGGGAAAACCCCUCUAGUUGAUCUUUGUCCAUAGCUUAAUCCUGACGUUAAUCCUGACGAGGGAUCAAGGGGGUUCUAUCUCGAAUUCAG